AAUUGAAAAGCAGCAUAUACUUUGUGUAAUCCAAAACAUAAACAACACACAUUUGGGCCUUUAAACAACAAAUAAAUGCUGAAGCAAUACGACACCGUUCGACCCAAAUUAACUCAACAAAAGCCAAAAAACACGACAAGAAAGGGUUUCACUUUCACUGUGUUCGACAAUAAUGGCGACAGGAGAAAAAGCGAUACCAAGAGUCGCCGUCGUAGUUUUCAUCCUCAACGGCAACUCAAUCUUGUUAGGUCGUCGACGUUCCUCAAUCGGCCACUCCACCUUCGCUCUUCCCGGCGGCCAUCUCGAAUUCGGUGAGAGCUUCGAAGAGUGUGCAGCGAGAGAAGUAAUGGAGGAAACGGGUCUAAAGAUCGAAAAGAUGAAGCUCUUGACAGUUACAAACAAUGUUUUCAAAGAAGCACCGAAGCCAUCGCACUACGUCUCUGUUUCGAUGCGUGCGGUGCUUGUGGAUCCGAGUCAAGAACCGAAGAAUAUGGAACCGGAGAAGAGUGAAGGAUGGGAUUGGUAUGAUUGGGAGAAUCUACCAACGCCUUUGUUUUGGCCACUUGAGAAGUUGUUCAAAAGUGGAUUCAAUCCUUUCACUCAUGGUGGUUGUGGUGGAAACUGAGAGAGAUCAUGUAUUAUUAUUAUUAUUAUGAGUAAAGUUAUUGAUUUUGGAUUGAAUAAAAAGAGCAUUUGGUCUAGUGGUAUGAUUCUCGCUUAGGGUGUGAGAGGUCCCUAGUUCAAUUCUCGGAAUGCCCCCUCUCUCUUCUCCUUUUAUUUUAACUGUAUUUUUGGUCUUUGCUUUUCCUAGUUACGAAUAAUCUUAAGACUUUGUUGUCGAUUCGAUAUUUCAUUA